AUGUUACGCAAUGCGGCCCGCAAGGCCGUCACUAAGCUGUCGCAGUACCCCAAGCCGGGCUCGAAGCUCCACGGCUUCACGCUCGUGAGAUCCAAGCAUGUUCCUGAGCUGGAGCUCACGGCGCUACAUCUGCAGCACGACAAGACUGGCGCCGACUACCUGCACAUUGCGCGCGAAGAUAGCAACAAUGUCUUUUCCAUCGGUUUCAAGACAAAUCCACCGAACGAUACGGGAAUCCCGCACAUCCUCGAACACACGACGCUCUGUGGUAGUGAAAAGUAUCCCAUUCGCGACCCAUUCUUCAAAAUGCUUCCUCGAACCUUGUCGAACUUCAUGAAUGCGUUUACCGCAUCGGACCACACGUUUUACCCGUUUGCGACUACAAACGCCCAAGAUUUUAAGAACCUCAUGUCCGUUUAUCUCGACUCGACGCUACACCCCCUUCUGAAAGAGUCCGACUUUACACAAGAAGGAUGGCGUAUCGGUCCGGAAAACCCUCUAGCCACAGAUGAAGAAGGCAAGAAGCUUGUUUUCAAGGGUGUCGUCUACAAUGAGAUGAAGGGCCAAAUGUCCGAUGCUGGCUACCUGUACUAUAUCCGAUUCCAGGACCACAUUUUCCCCGACAUCAACAACUCUGGCGGUGACCCUCAGAAAAUCACCGACCUCACAUACAAGCAGCUGAGAGAUUUCCACGCUGAGCACUAUCAUCCCAGCAAUGCCAAGUUGUUUACCUAUGGCGAUAUGCCGCUGGCCGAUCACUUGCAAGACAUUGACGCGCGUCUGCAAGCUUUUGAAAAAAAUCAAGCUGACAAAAAGAUUCAUGAGCCUAUUAUUCUCACGGAGUCCAAGGACGUUACGUUGGCUGGUCCGUUUGACCCGCUGGUCGACCCGGAUCGGCAAUACAAGACUUCCGUCUCCUGGGUCAUGGGCGACACUACAAACGUUUUGGAGUCUUUCUCUCUUGCUCUUCUAUCCAGCCUGUUGAUGGACGGUUACGGCUCGCCGCUGUACCGAGGUCUAGUCGAGACUGGCAUGGGUGCGGACUGGAGCCCCAACUCUGGCUACGACAGCUCAGCCAAACGCGGAAUCUUUUCCAUUGGUCUCACCGGUGUGCAGGAGGCAGAUGUACAAAAGCUCAAGGCCAAGGUACAGGAGAUUUUGCGCGAUGUCCGUGACAAUGGCUUCGACCAGGGCAAGAUCGACGGGUCGCUGCAUCAACUGGAGCUGUCUCUGAAGCAUAAGACUUCCAACUUUGGCUUUUCCAUGCUCAACAGACUUAAGCCCAAGUGGUUCAACGGCGUUGAUCCAUUUGACUCAUUGGCAUGGAAUGACACCAUCACGGGCUUCCAAGCGAAGCUAGCCGAAGGCGGUUACCUAGAAGGACUCAUUGAAAAGUAUCUACUCAAUGACAACACGCUGACGUUUACCAUGACACCUUCGGCCACUUUUGGAGACGAGCUGGUCAACGAAGAGAAGGAGCGUCUGGCCGGCAAGAUUGCGGACGCGGUUAAGAAGGCCGGAGGUGAGGAACAAGCACGCAUCGCCUUUGAGAAGCAGGAACAGGAUCUGCUUGUGGAACAAAACAAGACAAACACGGAAGACCUAAGCUGUCUGCCCACUGUCUACGUCAAAGACAUUCCUCGGAGUAUUGACCGGGUUACGGUGCGCGAUGAAGUGAAUCAAGGCGUUUCUAUCCAGUGGCGCGAGGCUCCUACCAACGGCCUUACCUACUUCCGUGCCAUCAACACGAUUGAAGGCCUGUCAGAUGACCUGCGUCAACUGAUUCCCCUCUUUACCGACAGUAUCAUGCGCCUAGGCACCAAGAAAAUGACCAUGGAGCAGCUGGAGGAUCUCAUUAAGCUCAAGACGGGCGGCGUGUCUGUCGGAUAUCACUCCACACCGUCGCCGACCAACUUUGAAGAGGCUCACGAGGGCAUCAUAUUUACCGGCAUGGCGCUGGACCGCAAUGUGCCCAUCAUGUUUGAGCUGCUGCGCAAGCUGGUUCUUGAUACGAACUUCGACAGCCCCGAGGCGGCGCUGCGCAUCCGCCAACUGCUUCAAGCCUCGGCCGACGGCGUCGUCAACGAUAUUGCCUCAUCGGGUCACCGCUUCGCCAUGAACCACGCCGAGUCGGGCCUGACGCGGGCUGCCUGGCUCCGACAGCAAGUGGCUGGCCUGUCGCAGGUCAAGCUCAUCACCUCGCUGGCCGGUCGGCCUGAGUCCGACCAACUGGAAGACGUGAUUGCUAAGCUAAAGCAAAUUCAGCAGCUAACACUCACUACGGGCAAGCUCCGCGCGGCCGUGACCUGCGGCAACGAGAGCGUUGCUAGCAAUCUCACCUCACUUCAGACCUUUACCCGUGGCCUGCAGCCUCAGCUACCACAGACUGCCAAUGGUGUCCUCACUCUCCCCAAGACGAAGAAGACAUUCUUCCCGCUCCCAUACCAGGUGUACUAUGGUGGGCUAUCGGUAUCGACGACAUCGUACACGAACCCCGACGGCGCGCCCCUCCAGAUUCUGUCGCAGAUGCUCACGCACAAGCACCUGCACCACGAGAUUCGCGAAAAGGGUGGUGCCUAUGGCGGCGGCGCCUACGCCAAGGCACUCGACGGCCUGUUUGGGUUCUACUCGUACCGCGACCCGAACCCGCAAAACACGAUGCGCAUCAUGCGGGACGCCGGGCGUUGGGCGGCCGACAAGCCGUGGAGCGACCGUGACCUGGAGGAGGCCAAGAUUUCCGUAUUUCAGUCGGUUGACGCGCCCAAGGCCGUCAAUGAGGAGGGCAUGGGCCGCUUCCUGUCGGGCGUGACUGAGGAUAUGCGCCAGGCGAAGCGCGAGCAACUGCUCGACGUCACGCGGGAGCAGGUGCAGGCCGUCGCGGAUAAGUACUUGGUGCAGGCGGUGAACAAGGGCGAGGAGCGCGUGUCCUUUUUGGGCGAGAAGAAGAGCUGGGUGGACGGCAGCUGGACAGUGGAGGAGAUGAACGUGCCUAGUGCAGAGUAG